AUGCGCAAGUUAAAACAAGGAAAUAACCGCAACUCAAGUCUAGCUCCAUCAAGCCUGUCGCACAGUAUUGGACAGCAAACACUCAAUGAUGAUGAAAGUACAUCAGCAGGAGUCGCCAAGACUCUCUUCCCACGGAACGAAAACUCACCUCGAGCCGUGGUGAAAAAACGGACUCCAGGCAAACGUUCGCCAGCAUCAUCUUUGCGGCAAGGCAAAACAGCAAAGCGUCUCGUCACAAAAAAAGCGGCAGCGGUUUCCAUGUCGCUGGUGCGUGACAAUAAGGACCGCUGGAUGGCAGACAUUGAACAGCGUCUAGCCGUGAGGACAGCGGAGCUUACUGCGGAACGAGCUCGACAGAGCGGAGACAGCAGCCAGCAGAGCGGAGACAGACAACCUCCAACAAGAGUUGCAGGGGCUGAGAGAGACCACUCAGAGCGGACUCCUCGUUCAAGAUUUGAGAGCUGGCUCAGGGCAGCUGCAAUCGACACCAAUCAGACCAAACACCACUCACUCCACAUCUGUCAGACCAAAGCCUAG